GUGGCCGUUAACUCUAAAUGAACGAAACGUUGAGAUCUCCUUUUUGAUCCGCCAUUCCAGCCACACGUGGCGGUGUGAUUUCGGCUAGAAUAUGGGUCGCAUCCCAACUGUACACAGCAAGACGUAUGUGACGCCCCGUCGUCCAUUCGAAAAGGAGCGCCUCGACCAGGAGCUCAAGUUGAUCGGAGAGUACGGACUCCGCAACAAGCGCGAGGUGUGGCGUGUCAAGUACACGCUGGCCAAGAUUCGGAAAGCCGCCCGAGAACUGCUCACCCUCGACGACAAGGACCAGCGCCGGCUGUUCGAAGGCAAUGCGCUCCUUCGUCGCCUGGUGCGCGUGGGCGUCCUCGAAGAGAACAAGAUGAAGCUCGAUUACGUGCUGGGCCUCCGCAUUGAGGACUUCCUGGAGCGUCGUCUGCAGACGCAGGUCUUCAAGCACGGCCUCGCCAAGAGCAUCCACCACGCCCGUGUGCUCAUCCGACAGAGGCACAUCCGGGUCCGCAAGCAGGUGGUGAACGUGCCGUCCUUCGUGGUGCGCCUCGACUCCGAGAAGCACAUUGACUUCUCGCUGAAGUCUCCGUUUGGCGGCGGACGGGCAGGCCGCGUCAAGAGGAAGAACAUGCGCAAGGCCCAGGGAGGCACCGCCCAGGAGGAAGAGGACGACGACUAGGCGCUCUCGCGGGGGAUCCGAAUAAAUGGGUUACUCACA